AUGCGAGGGGGUCGGGCUGAAGUGGAGCCCAGCCGAGGCGGGCAGGGCAGAGCAGGGCAGGGCGGGUUCGAUCGAUCGAUCGAUCGCUCGGUCGAUCCAAGGAAGCUUCCGGCGGAUUCCCGCAGGGGCUUAUCCGGGACGGCCUUUUCCCUCCCGGCUGCAGAAGAAACAGCAGGGGCAGGUGUUCUUACCUCUAGGUUGGGCUUGCGGUCGCUUUUGGUGGCAACAGCUGGAGACUGUAGGAAGAAGCAUGCUAGAUUGAAUCCCAGUUCCCUGAGACAACUGCAAGAGGCAGAGCCUCACAUAGCCAAGCGGCACUCAUCAGAGGCACGCCACCGGGCUACACUGGCAAACCUCUUCAGCGGCUUGCAGGAAGCUGUUUUGUCUCAGUCAUGCAGUUCAGCAUCAAAGUAUCAGGUUUUGCGUAAGGCUAAGAAAUCUAUCCAGAAGCUGGAGCAAACCUUGGGUUCUUUGCUGAAGAUGAAAGAAUCCUUCAGUCUGGAGGAUGGGAAUCCAUCUGGCUUGGAGGAAGUCAGGGAUGAAUAUGUCAAGAGGCACUUCAGCAAUCACAGCACUGCAUCAGCCUCUGAAGCUGUAAGUGAGGGUGACUCUUUUGUCUGGUGUUUGACUAAAGAGUGUGAAAAGCCAACACUGGAAGAGGAUAGGAAGCCAGAACUGAUCCAGUCUUCAGACACUUCAUCCCCACAUCUGGUGGAAUUUGAACGAUACCUGUAUUUUUAUAAGCACACAAUGGACCUGCUGAUAGAGCAUGGAAUUGUUUGCACUGAGGAGGUGCCUCUUCCUGAGGUAUCCACAGCUAUUUCCCACCUCUGGCAAGAGCUUUCAGAAGAAAGGAGAGACAGCAUCUUGCAGUACUGUAGCCAGAGAGAUUUCCUCAUGGAUCCUAAGGCUGCUUGCCAGGAGCCUGCAUGCACUGAAGGUAGUGUGAGGGACAGUCGAGGUAACAGUGAGGAAGCCAGUGAUUCCUCAGUCUCCACACCAGAGGAAGUAAUGUUUGAAGAUGCAUUUGAUGUUGCUGCUGGUUUCCUUGACGGAAGUGAGACUCAGGGCAUGUCUAGCCAGAGUUCCGCAUUUGCAAGCUGCACUUACGAAAAUCCAAAGGAUCACCACAUGCUCUAUCUGCAGAUCACCGACUUCCUAAAAAAACUCUUCUUUGCUAAUACACAGUUUUGCCAGGAAGAAGAUCUUCAGUUUGAUUAUGAGACCGUCAUGCUGAGGUGCACCGAGACCUUCGAUGACGAAGAUUUCUAA